CCACGUGACCUGUGCCGCGCCGCGAGCCGCCAAGCGCCGCCAGAGCGCCGCCGAACCGCGAUCUCUAACCUCUGCAAGCUGCCAGCCCUGUCAGCCUGCCUGGCUGCCUGCCUGCCUUGCCGCGCCUCUCCGGCGAGCAGCCGUUGACUCUUCGAGCCAUCUUCUCCAGCAGCUACAACUCGGCGUCUGGAGCCCCGCCCGUGACUGGAUAACUCCGAGUGACUCCGCGUGUGUGCGUGUGUGUGCGUGUUCGCGGUGUGCGCCUCGCGCGGUGGCGCUGCCGACACUCUCGGAUGCAGUGCCGCGUGUGACGAUGGGGGCCGGUAGCGGAAGUGGGGGUGUCCGUCAGCUGGAUUGCCGCCUGGAGUGACUCCCCGACGACGCCAUGUCGCCGCGGCUCUUCUCGCCGGCCGGCGUCCUCUACGCCGUCGUCUCGCUGCAGAUAAUCACAGCGGGCACGCUGGCCAGCCCGGCCGAGCGGGCCCUGGGUCGGUCGCUGGACAGACACAAGCGGUACUCGACGGGCGGCCUGUACACCGGGCCCUUCUUCGACCCCACGUCCCCCAACAACAUCACGACGCAGCUCGGGACGCACGCCUAUCUGCCGUGCAAGGUCAAACAGCUGGGCAACAAGUCGGUCUCCUGGAUCCGGAAGAGGGACGCCCACAUCCUCACCGUGGACCACUACACGUUCAUCGCCGAUGAACGGUUUCAGAGCUUCCUCGUCGAAGGCACGGAGACGUGGACACUACAGGUUAAAUACGUCCAGGCGAGAGACCAGGGGGAGUACGAGUGUCAAGUGAGCACGGAGCCAAAGAUGAGCCACUUCGUCACACUCAACGUCGUUGUGCCGAAGAUCGAGAUCAUGGGCGCGUCCGACAUCUACGUCAAGACGGGGUCAACGGUGAACCUCAAGUGCGUCAUCACCCAGUCGCUGGAGGAGCCGGCCUACAUCUUCUGGUACCACGACGGCGAGCGCGUGCUCAACUACAAGCCGGGCACCAAGGACAUCCGCGUGGAGCGCUCGGGCACGGACACGACCGUGGGCACGCUGGUGCUGUACGGCGCCACCAGGGAGGACUCCGGCAACUACACCUGCUCGCCGAGCAACCUGGACUCGGCCAGCGUGCUGCUGCACGUCCUCAACGGGGAGCACCCGGCCGCCAUGCAGCGCGGCAAGAACAGCGCCUCGCCCAUCCCCGGCCGCUGGUGGGGCCACAUGUCCGUGGGGCUGGGGCUGCGCUCGCUGCUGUCGGCGCGGCAGACCUGCGCCGCCGUCGUGCUGCUCACGGCCCUGCACAACCUGCUGGCCUUCGCCGGCCUAUAAGGCCUGAACGGCCGCACCGCCACCGCGACAGUGUGCCCGCGGACUUGGCGCCAGUGCGGCGCUGGUGCGGCGCUGGUGCGGCGCUGGUGCGGCAGUGGUCGCGGUGGCGACAGUGUGGUGAUAGUGCUUAGGCAAGCCGAGGGACUUGCAGGACACCUAGUGUGAGGAGACGAAGACGACGUUGACGGCCAAGACGGCGGAGCAGGGCGGCGCACCCCGCGGCGGGGACGGCGAGGAGAACUAGACAAGACUGGAAGAGGCAGAGGAAGAGGAUGCCCCGCUAUUCGCGGGGACAGGCCGCACACUGUGCCGCACAGGGAGAGACCGCCCGCCCGGCGGACCCGCGGCGCAGCGACGCGCAGCCGAGGCAGCCGAGGCACCGGCUGACAUUGACGUGUGCGAACUCAACGCCCUAGUGCUCAACAAGAUGACAUUUUACUCACUCUGCGGGGCGUUGUGCGGCGUUGUGCGUGCAGCGCACGCCGAGGUGGGCGUGUGUGAGUGUGCGUGCGUGCGUGCGUCUGUGUGGAUGAUUGAGUGGGAGGGAGAGUCUGCGUGUGUGUGCAAGCGCGAGUCGUGUGUGUCUGUGCGAGAGAGCGAGAGCGACCUGUGUAGUUCGUCUUACUUUAAUUUCGACGCUCCCCUUGUUUUUGGCCGCUUGCUGAUUCACGGCAGCACAGUGUUGCGCGGGACUCACAGAUCGGACAGUGGAGGUUGUUCACACACGGCGCUUUAAGUUGCUGUUAUAUUUUUUAUGUUUUUCGCGCUAGGCCUGUCGGGAACCCUCCUUCCCGGCGGACUCGAGUCUGUCAAACCACGAAUCGCGAACGUGCGUGCGGCACGGAGCGGCCACAAAUUUUCCAAUAAAAGGGACAGAUAAACCCGAAGGCAAGUCCGCGUUGCUCCCGGAAAUGCCGCCAAACAAACUCGCGCGGCGCGGCGGCGUGGCGGCACAUCCAUCUCGUCUUUCGGCCGCAGCCAUCCGCCGCCGCGGCGCAUUGUGAUUGGAGCGGCGCGAUGAAAUUGAGAACAAAAGCCGCAUUUCGGCCGCCAAGGGAAAAAGCGGCGUCAUAUACGAGUCACUUGUUCCUCUCUGGCUGUCUUGAUCCCGCCGCUGAGCCGCGGGGCGGCAGGGGGGCGGCAGGGGGUGGGGGGAGCGGACCGCCAAACAAUAUGUGCGGGGCUCGGCGAUCGCCCGCGGCCCUCAAACACUGCGGGGCUGUGUGAGUGAACGCCAUGCCCUUUACUCUGGAAAGAAAUGGAUUCAAAUCGACGGAAACUUACUUGUUUUUUUGUUUUGUUUUUUAUAAAUUGGAUUUAAAACAAUUUCAGUUGAUUUUUUUUUAACUUUAAAAGUAUUUUGUGAAUUUCUAGUCAAAAACAAAGGUUGAGUCAAUGUGACUUACAUUCUUUUGAGUAAGUCUCAAGCGUGGGGCUGGGUGUCUGCAUCUCGGAAAACGGCGACUUUUGCAAGAAAAUUGAAAAUGAAGUCAUCUUGUGGUUUGUGACUCGCCGUUUUGGAGAUGCAGACAUUUCGUCGGGAGCCCUGCUCUCUAGUCAGUGCGGAUGCAGCCGAUCGACUUGCUGUGAGUGUGUGAGUGUGCGUGAGUGAGUGUGCGUGUGUGCAUGGAUGUCAGAGUGUGUGUGGACUUUGGUUCGAGCGUGCGCACCGCUUUCCUGUAAAUAAAUGUCAAGCUACUCCAAGCAGUAAAGUUUAGAUCACGCUCUGUACUUCAUUUUCGGAAUUCUGCCGUCAUUUUAAAUUUGUACAUAAUACUCUAAGGAUUUUUGUACAGAGAGAUGCCUCGCGAGGCGCUUGCUUGCGUGGUCCCCCUCGGCGGGGAGGGAUGUAUCGGGGGUAGCGUCUAAGUGGUUCCUGUAAAAAGGUAUAUUUCUUUUGAAUACUACUUUCUUUUUGUUGUAGCAUUUGUUAUGAAAUGUGAUUAACAUAAAUUGUAAGAUUUCAGUGCAAAACAUUACUAUUAGUGGAAGAAAUGUCCACCAGAAACUUAAUUGCACGGCUCUGGAAAAUUAGUAUCAUGAGAAAUUAAACAAUACUCUUGCUUCUUUUUCAAUCGUUUCGGAGGAUGACGUUUGGCGACAAAGUUUCGUUCGCCAGGCCACCUUUUUUGUUUUUGUUGUUGUUUUUGUUUCAAAGAUUACAUCAGAGAGUGCGUCGGUGUGCAUGACGACGCUCUAGAACGUGCCAAAAGGCAAUUAUUGCUGAAAAAUGAGAACGCAUUGCAUCAAUGAAUGCGUGACGCAGAGAUAGACGACAGCUCUACGGCCCGAUAACCUUUUUUUCCGUUUGUUGACACCUCUACUUAUCAGUUAGUAACAAAUUGAGGAUGGGAGGCUCCCUUGGUGCGCUGUCUCGCAUAUCGCUCGUCGGCAACACUCCGAGAGUGACUGCGAGCGCCGCCAUCUUGCUUUUAGGUUUUGGCCUAUGUCUUUGUGAUGGAUUAGUUGGAGACUAAUUUGUUGUUUUUGUUUGAAACGUGCGUCGAGUGCGUUGCCGACCGAGCCGGUCGCCAACCUUCGCUUUCGGACCGUCAUUUUGUAGCGGGGUCGACUCGCGUAUAUUCUAGUCCAAUAUUGCAUUUGUUGUUGUUUUCCUUUAUGUUGGCUUGUACAGUUUGCUUCUGUGGAUUCCUUUAUCUCAGCAUUUCCUCCUAUUUGCCCUGUUCCUCCUCCCAGUUACCAAGGAUAUUUUUCAAAGUUGUGUCAUUUUAAGUACUGACUGUGAAUUUGUUAAGGGCUAAGAGUCGUUCCAAAUUUCUUGAUAAUUGUAUACAGAUUGUGUUUCCUGCGAUUCAUGGGCAACUUCCGUAAUUAAUAAUAAAAGAGUUCUACAUCCCUAUAUAUUUUCCCGCAAGAGAACUGGAACGAUUCUUGACCAAGAAUUGUAUGAAUAAGUAAAAAUACAACUUACUAUUAAUAAAAUACUUGAAAUCGGUAAAUAUUCAA